AUGGCUACAGCCAACAAUAAGCGAACCUUUUUACUAGAGAGAGUAUUCGAGGAGUCUGACAGUGUCGCGGAGUGCAUUCUUGCUUGGCCUAUCAAGAGUCAGAACAUGAUCUUUUUCGAGAGUCGAGACGAUCAUUUUGGAUUCAUUGAAUCCCCCGAAGAUUGGCUUGGUGAAACCUACGCCAACGCUCAUGGCUUCCACUCCAGUGAUUCUGUACAGACAAUGUUGGAGAAUUUUACCUCCUCUGGACUGGCAGAGUGGCACGAUUUCUUGUAUAUCCGGAAACCGGGUGAGAAGACCUGGACAAGGAGAAUGUGUGUUCUCCGCAAUUCGGGUCUCUAUGCCACCAAGAAGAACAAAAAGGCUUUCUUGGCAAGCGACCUAGUUAGACUACUGGCAUUGGACGACAAGCUGCAUAUCUACACAACCACCGGCGGGUGGAGUCGAAUGCGGGCACCAACACCUCAUGGAUUCGCACUCAAAACUUACGCUGCACAAGAUUUUAGUUCAUCCCAUGUGUUCUGCUUUUGCGCCCCAGACGAAAAUGCGCUGAAGCAGUGGGCAUGCCGACUUCGAUUAGCCAAGGUACGAAAUUCUCUUCUAUCCCUUCGUUCCCAUGACACUGACCGCUCUCAGAUCUCUACUACCAAAUUCUACACAUAUGGAAUCGGUCUGCUGCGAGACUACCAGGUAGCCAAGGAACGAGUGAGUAGAGGCCUUGAUGCAGGUUUGCAAGCACAAAAAAGAGUAACUGAGUCCAAGCAAUCGUCAAUGGAGCGAGCGCGCUCCUCAUCUUUCCAGGCGUUGCAACCACCGCUACAAAGACUUCAAGGCUCCGGCAUCAAUCUUGGCGCGACCAAUCAGGUGACUAGGCCAUUAACAAUGACCCCGCCUCCGUCAGCACAGCAGCGCAUCGCACCCCGGACACCGCAGCCACCUACCACGAGAAGACGUCCUCCAGACUCACCCCUUCACAAUGGUUGCACAAAGCACAACUCCACUGGCGCCACGUCACAGCACUUUUACAUCCGAUAG